UCGACAAAGCGGUGACCAGGUAGGCUUCAAGGGCAUAUAGUAGCAAGGCAACUACCUCUUGCAGCGACGAUCCGCUCUAUUAUGGUCAGCCGGCCAUAGUGAGCAAAAGUACAUACGGUGGCUGACUCGAUUCUCGAGUAUAAAGGCAAGGCAUCUGCUCGUCCAUUCAAUCUUUCCUCCCUCACCCAUCACCCAUUACAUCCUCCCGCUCGUACCGCCGCCCGUACCAAUUACCACCAUGCAGGUGCAGCUUGAUGUUAUCGCGCUCGGUCUCACAUGACCGGGCAGAAGCCUUCAGCCUUGCAUCGCCAUGUGCAGUAGAGACCCCGCAACUCUGGGACUGCCCUGGGUCAAGCUUUCACAAAUGGUCGUUGUGCACAUCUCACGUAUCCUCACAUUGGCGACUGUGAUUGUCAAUAGAGUCGUGCAAAGUCAACGUUGAGAAGAUGGCAGAGGCCGGUGACAAACGCAGUGCUCUCGCGUCUGGCGUCCGACUGUUCUUCGUCACCGUCAUCAACCUUGCGGCACUUACGGCGGCAGUCUUCACGAUCCUCGCCUGGAUUGAUGCGCAGUUCGCCAGGGAGCAGGCGAACGUGGAUUCGGAGACCGCCAAGGAACAGGCGGACGCGGCUAAUCUUAUUGCCUUUGCUGCAGCGUGUGCCGGACUGGCCAGGCAGUCCGUGACCGAUGGGAACCUGUUCACUCUCUGCUCGCUCGCUGGCCCUUCAGCAGAGUCAUCACUACUUCUACUAGCCCAGUCUUUAUUCUCUACCACGUUCAGGACAGAAAGCACUGUGACCACUCAUACUACGACAUAUAUGAUGACGAUCACUUCCGCAUCUGCGACGACUACGUACGGCGCAACAAGCACUCUGCGGAUCACGUCGGCAACAACGCCCGAUGCCGCUCCCACGCCGUCGGCGACAAACUCCCAAGUAUCACCCACGGUCGGAGCAGGACCAGGUGCGCGCGGCCUCCACCUUUCAGAAAAUUAUAAGAUCGCCAUCGGCGUUGGGCUCGGAAUUGGCCUUCCGUCUCUGCUGAUGGCCAUUUUCAGCCUUGUUUUCCUGGUGCCGAGAGGUCUUCUCUAGCAACGUGCUGAAUUGACACUCCGACAAUUUUACGCGCUAGGCUUUGUCGUUCACUGCUGCAUCGUAUGCUGAUCCGCAGCAAGUCAUUUGGCAUUAUGCACUUAUGU